GUGAUACCAAUGUUGUGACCAUUGUCUUGAACUUACAUAGAAAGUCUAGCGCAACAGGUUGCCACAUGUGGAUCACAUGAUAAGAUAAUUGUCAUUUAUUGCAAAAUACGUAUUUACAUGUUAUAACGUUUAGGGAUGAUUUAAAAAAGAAUUGUUUGAGAAAAAUCUGAAAAUAUCAGAGAGAAAUGUCGAUAUUCCAAAGUUUCUUGCUUUGUGGAAUUGGGAUUGGUUUGGUGUGUGGUACUGGAGAACAUUGCUGUACAAGUAGCCGGUUUCAUGCAGCCAUUAAAAUUGAAAUAGCUGUUCUUAAACGCGGGAGUAUGACACCUACCUUUUAUAUUGAUACAGUUAUGGAAGAUUAUGACAGGAAUAUGAAAAUGAUAAAAUAUAUGGGAACUAUUGUUGAGAAUAUGGGAGGCAAUGACGAAACCACUACGAACUUCACAAAUAUCAGUGACUAUGGAAAUGGGAAGGCUUACAACUUUGGUGUAUAUUCUGGUACCCCAUACUGUAACGUCACACAGAUAGAUCCAAAAGACAUGGACAACGGUUGUGUUCCAAGCUCCCUUAACUUCACCGGCUCGUUUACUGUCGGAUCCGGUUCCAAUUCUGUCUUGAUUAAUUCUUUUGAUGGUGUGAUUGGCAAUUUCCACUGGAGCAUGCAGAGGACAGCUAACGAAUGUGCUCCUAUCACCUAUUCUAGGUUUGGAAUUGAGGACGACGGUACGUAUAUGAAAGAAAAUGGCAUGUAUUUAGACGUUGUUCAGAAUGUUACCAGGACAGGAGCAUUUGCAAUACCUGAUAGCUGUAACCAGGUCAUUAAUACGAUGCCACUGGGGUAGUUUCAGUUGCGAUGGUGUCAACGUUGAAUUACCAAUAUUCUUUCUGUAAAAAGAUCAUAAUAAAGAUCUUUUUUGCAAAGAA